AGAUGGUAUAGAGAUAAUUAAUUGGAUUUCUAUUUAAAAAUGGUGUGAUGGAAAUGUAGGUAUGAUGGGUAUUUCAUGGGGAGGAUUUAAUGCCUUAUAAAUUGCUUUUUAUAAUCCUAAACCUUUAAAAGCUAUUGUAUCUAUAGAUUCUACUGAUGAUAGAUAUGAAGACGAUAUCCAUUAUAAAGGAGGAUGCUUAUUAAAUGAUAAUAAUUAUUGGGCAUUUAUCAUGUUAGCAUAUUCUUCAAGGCCUCCAGAUCCAUUAUUAUUGCCUUAAAAUUGGAAAGAUAUAUGGAAAGAAAGGUUAUAAAAUAACCCUUUAUUAAUAGAAACAUGGUUAAAUCAUUAAUAUAAAGAUGAUUAUUGGAAGCAUGGGUCAAUAUGUGAAAAUUACGAUAAUAUAAAAUGUGCUGUUUAUCUUGUAGGUGGUUGGAAGGAUUCAUAUUUUAAUACUGUGUUUAGAAUGCUUUAAAAUUUAAAAUGUUGCCCAAAAAAAGCACUAAUAGGACCAUGGAAUCAUAAAUAUCCGCAUUUCGCAAAACCUGGUCCUAGAAUAGGGUUUUUAUAGGAAGUUUUACGAUGGUGGGAUUAAUGGUUAAAAAAAAAAGAUACAAAUAUUACAAAAGAGCCAUUAUGUACAGUAUAUUUAUAAGAAUAUUAAAGACCUUAAGGUUAUUAUGAAAAUAUACCAGGAGAAUGGAUAUUAGAAAAUGAAUGGCCGUCAUAAAAUAUAUAUUAAAAAAUAUAUUAUUUAAAUAACUCUAAUAAAUUAUAAGAUUAAGAAUUAUAGAGUGAAUAGUUUAUUUAGAUAAAUACUUUAUAAAAUAAUGGUUUGUAUUGCGGAGAGUUUUGUGCAUGGGGUGACGGUGAAAGACAUCCUUUGAAUUAAAUUAUUGAUGAUAGUAAAAGUGUUUUAUUUGAUGGUGAUGUUUUGUAAUAAGAUUUUGUUGUUUUUGGGUAACCUAUACUUAAAGUGAGCUUAAAAUCAAAUAAAAAUAAAGCUUAUUUAAUUAUAAGAUUAUGUGAAGUAAGCUAAUAAGGCAAUAAAUAAGAAUCAACUAGAAUUAGCUAUGGAUUAUUAAAUUUAACACAUUAUAAAAGCAAUUAAUAACCUGAAUAUUUAGAAAUAGAUUAAACAUAUGAAAUUUAAAUUAAAUUAAAUAAUAUUGCUCAUAAAUUUUAAAAGGGCAAUUUUAUAAGAGUUGCAUUAUCAACAACGUAUUGGCCUCUAGUAUGGCCUUUAGCAGAAAAUCCAAUUUUAACUAUAAAUUUAAAUGACAGUAAAUUGUUUUUACCUUAAAGAACUAUAUUACAAGGAUAAAAAUAAAAUAAAUUUUAAUAACCUGAAAUAUCAAAGCCUUUAGAAAUUAUAU